AUGAACAUUGACGAUGUUUGUACUUUGUGUGGGAACCCCAUCGGUGACUGCGAAGUAUGUGUUCUUGAAAAAAGCCAAUUAAGUACGUUUAUUAAGAAGAGUAAGAAGAGAGAAGACACUUUAUGGAAAUCUUGGGAAGGAAAGGAAUCUGUUCAAGUCCACAUCGCUUGCAGAGGGCGAUAUUCUGCAAAACUUGAUGCACCACCAGCGAAAAAAAAAAAGCUAAGUGAAAAAGAAACGGUGGAAUGUCCGGUACCAUCACCAUCUCAAUGUUCGGUAUCACCAUUGCCGACUAAUAGUGAGUUCGACUUCAAAAAUAUGUGCUUUUUUUGUAACAAGCCCCUAGAUUCAAAGCAUAAAAAAGUAAUCCAGGUUCAAAACGCUUACCUUAAGUACAAAUUGUUAGAUAUAGCUGAAAACCGGAAUGAUGAUUGUGGGAGAGAAAUGAUUCUAAGAUUAAAUAGCGUUAAUUGUCUUGUCAUGAGUAAAGCUUCCUAUCACAAACUAUGCUACGGUCGAUUUGUUUCGUCAGUUCAAACAGCACCUAAAAUACCUGCUACAAAAGAGCGAUUAGAAGAAGCAUUCAAUAAUGUCACAAAUUUCAUUGAAACUUCACACACAUAUCGAUUUGGCAUGAAUGAAUUGCGAAAAAAAAUGGGUGAUGAUUACAUGACAGAUGAAAUGUUUUUCAAAAGAUUGAAGGAGAGGUAUGGUGAUGAUAUAUACGUCGAUCGUCACCGUGGAAGAGAAACAAAAGUAUAUUAUAAGCGAUUUGAAAUCCCCAUAAUAUGUAGUGAUUGGUUCUGUGAUAAUAACCUUGUCAAUCAGCGACAGAAAUUUAUUAUUACUAAUAUUGUUGCAGAGAUGAUUCGGACCGAAAUUCAAGAAAUGAAGGCAGAAAAUCAAUCGUAUUCUCCAGCCACAAAAUUCCUUGAUUCUGUGUCAACAAGUAUCCCGCCGCUUUUACAGAAUUUUUUAAGUAAACUUGUAUAUAGUGAUAAGUCUAACGAAGAAGAUCAAAAUUCAGUAAAAUUAGAUAUAAUCGCUCAUAGUAUCAUCAGUAUGAUUCGCCCAAAGUCUUUUAUUUCUAAUUUGCAACUGGCAAUUGCAACCUAUGUGCACAGAAAGGCAGGCUCUAAAUUAAUAAUUGAUUUACUGUCGAAAUUGGGGAUUUGUGCUACUUAUUACAGUUUACAAUUAUUUGAAGCCUCUACAAUCAAAAAUUUACCAGAAGUGAUUAUUGAUGAUGAUACGUUUGUGCAAUUCGUUUUCGGUAACACGGAUCAUAAUGUAGGUACCUUGGACGGACAAGAAACAUUUCAUUGUUUAGGCGGGAUUGCAGCAUAUUGUCCAAAGGAAAAUAUAUCAUAUCAGGGUGGUUCGAAGAAGUUAAAAAAAAUGCCCACGGCCCACGAAAUUGCAUCGCUAAAAAAAAUUGAAAUUGUUUCAUAUCAGUGUCCUGAUAUAAGUGGAAUGAAAGAUAUUACUUUUGUUAAUACUGCAUCUCUUGAUUGUGGGGAUGCGCCAUCACUCUCGUUGCCAUAUGGAACUUAUUUAUGGAGUAAAUACUUUGGAAUUCCUCAAAUACCAUCUUGGAGAGGAUUUAUGGAAGUUUUGACAGAUGAUGAAAUACUUGAACAACACGUCGAUCUUGCAGAGAGCAGAAUCUCACGUGAUAAAGAAGAUAUCCAGAAACUUUUAUUCUGGCUCAACACCCACGACCCCUUCUACCCUCGUAGUUCGGUUGUAUCUCUCUCUACAGGUGUGUUUGGUGGACCUGAAAUAAAUUGUCAUAUGGCAAUUGAAAAAGGACAACAGGCAAUGGCUACGAUGAUUGGUAAAAAUGCAGAAGAUGUUUCUCUUUCACGAUUAUACAGAGUUAAGAAUUUAUCAAAUGCUGGAACAGAAGUUCAUCUGAGCGAUGGUAAACCGCAUGUUAAAAUUGAUAGCUAUUUACUUUUUCAAAGAAUUUCAGUAGGUCUCGGCAAAAAUCCUGAAGAAAGCAAUGAAGUAUGA